UCUUACAUAAGAAUCCUCCUUUCUCCGCCGCUUCCAUCGCAGCCCCCUAUCAUCGGUGAGAGAGAGCAAAGCGUGGGAGGAGGACGAUGUCGUCCUCUUUCGACGCCAUCGAUGGCGAAGACGCGACGCCAAAGGGUUCCUCCCGCCCCUUCGAUGACGACGGCUACGUCGGCUACGACCCCCGCCUCCCCUCCCAGCGCUUCGACGCCUUCUCGUCCUUCUCCCCCGCCGCCGCCGCCGAUGGUGAGGUCGACGAGGUUAUCGAGGAGGAUCCCAUAACAACCGUGGAAGUCGGCGGCAGCGCCGGAUUCCCUCCCUCGCCUGAGGGCUUUGGGUAUGUCGCCGAUCCUAUCCAGGAGUUCACUUCGGAGCCGGCCCCUUUCUCGAUGUUGGAUUCCAACGGCCAGGGAUACGUGGAGGUGGACGAUGGGGGAGCUUUCACCUCAGACGGGCCGAUCCUGCCUCCGCCCGGUGAGAUGCAGCCGGACGAGGGGUUUAUUCUGCGGGAAUGGCGCCGCCAAAAUGCCAUUCUGCUUGAGGAGAAAGAAAGGAAGGAAAAGGAGCUGCGCAACCAAAUUAUUGUUGAAGCCGAGGAAUACAAGCAUGCCUUUUAUGAGAAACGGCAACUGAACAGUGAGACAAAUAAGAAGCAAAACAGAGAAAGAGAGAAGCUUUUCUUGGCCAACCAGGAGAAUUUCCAUGCAAACGCAGACAAGCAGUACUGGAAAACAAUUGCGGAGCUGAUCCCCCGUGAGAUAGCGAACAUUGAGAAGAAGAGAGGGAAGAAGGACCAGGAUAAGAAGCCAUCAGUUGUCAUCAUUCAGGGGCCGAAGCCCGGCAAACCCACUGACCUCUCUAGAAUGCGUCAGAUUUUGCUGAAGCUGAAACACACUCCCCCUCCGCACAUGAAACCCCCUCCACCACCACCUCCUGCAGCUAAAGAUGGUGCUACUGGUGCCAAUGCUGGAUCCAAACAAGCAGCACCCGCAAAUUCAAAAGAAACUCCUGUGCCAUCUUCGGAAGGCCGACAGGCAUAGAGGGAGUGUCAGUAUGACUGUUUAAGCAUGUUGUUGAAUAGGCAAUAGCGUUUAUGCUAUAUUAAGGUUGUAUAAAGUGCAGUGACUGCAAUUGGAAGCAGGGACAUGGUUUUUUGUUUUUCUUUCUCGACUGUAUUUCUGACUUUUUAAUGCUUCAUCUUGUAGAGAUCCAUCAUAGGUUAGGGCUGGAUCUGUAUGCUUGUGACAUUCUGGUUUUCUUUAUCAGGUUAUUGCAUCUUUAUAAUUUGAGUAA